AUGAAUCUUGUCAACAGGGCUUGCAGACACAAUUCUGCCCAGUCGGACCUCCUCGUGGCUGGUGUUAGCGGCAUCAAAGUCCCACCGAAUACGCGCCCCGUCCCACGCCUCUCAACAAUCGUAUUCCUGCUUGAGGACUCAAUAUCGACGGCAUUGCGCAAACAGAAGGCACGGACACCCUUAAAUAUCCCCUGUGCGCCUAAUCAAGCCCACGAAUUUCUGACGGGUUGUGUCGCGUGUGAGCAAUCUAAUGCUGAUCCUAGCUGCAAGCCCACUGGAUAUAACGCUCGCGUCAAAUGUGAGGGCGCCGCCUCCUCUAGCUUGAUUUCCUGCAAUCCAGCCGAGUUCAGUGACCGCGCCCUUGAGCGUCGCCACUUUCUCACCUUUGAGUGCUUCAUGGCAGUCAUCGGAUCUAUCGCCUACUUUCUUAUUCGUCGACAGCAGCGCUUGCUGGACAAACAAUUAAUGGACCGAAUUAAUAAACAGAUUGCAAGCUAG